ACAACCCCAAUACUAGCAAAGGCGCGCGCUUACAGUCUCCGUCCCCGAUUACAGCUCCUGAUGCUACGUAAAAUUCUCAGAAUAACAAUUUUCCUUCCUAAGAUGAGCCCAUUUCACUUCUCUUUCUUUAUCUACAUUUCUGUUGUAGUUUUACUUCUCAGAUACCAUUAAUUAAUUAAUCGAGCCUUGUUACUUCUUUCAUUUUCAGAUGAACCAUUGUUCAAGGAAGGAUGUCAAAUGAAGAUAAAUUUAUUCUUCACGGUGCUUUCCCUUGGGCUCCAGAUGGAUCUAGACAAUACCCAGAAAACGUUCGUUGCUGCUAUAAGGCGAUACAGGAAACCACACCACUUGUUUUGAACGCGAUUAAAUUGGCUCCGGUGAGGCCUGGGACCGUAUUUACUAUUGUUGACUACGGUUCAGGAGAUGGAGAAAACUCCAUGGCUCUCUUUUACGCAUGCGUUCAAGAGCUGCGCAAACUACAUGGAGACGACCUGCCUAUCCACGUGAUUUAUGAAGAUCAGCCUGUCAAUGAUUUCAAGUCUCUGUUUCUUCGUUUGCAAGGCUUAAUACCAGGUCCAAAAAGCUAUCUUACUGACUUUCCUAACGUGUUUGUCUCGGCUUGUGGAACAAACUUCUUCAGGCAGUGCCUCCCCUCGCAAUCAGUCAAUUUAGGAUUUUCUGCCACUGCCUGUCACUGUUUGAGUAGAAAUCCAUGCGACAUUACAGGAGCAUUACACCACAACAUGAUUACAAUACCGGAGGAGGCUGAGGCUUUUAAAAAACAAGCAGCGAAGGACUGGGAAACAAUUCUGCUAAAUAGAACAAAGGAGUUGUGUCCAGGGAGUCGAAUGAUUCUUGUUCAGCUUGCCACUGACAAAGAAGGGCAAUACACAGGAGCGUCAAAAAGCACGCCAGUAUCAGUGCAUCAUAAGUUGAUCGAGCUGUGGAAAAGAUUACUAACUGAUGGCUUGAUUACUCAGGAAGAAUUUCACAAGACGAACUUUCCUCGCUAUCUGCGUACAGUGGAUGAAUUCAAACAGCCAUUUGAAUCGAAGCACUCUCCUGUUCGAAAAGCUGGCCUGUCACUCAUUUCCAUAGAAACUAAAGUGAUUCCGUGUCCUAAAAGAGAGAAAUGGCUGAAGAAUGGUGGUGAUCCAAAGGAGUUUGCUCGCUGGUACACUCCGGCUAUUAGGGCCUGGAGUAACACAACCUUCAUUUCGGGUGAGCUGGUAACAUUCUCUAACUUGUUGUUGUUGUUGUUGAGCUUUCUAAAGAAGCCUUCUACCAGAACAUUUUUCUAAAACAAAUUAAUGCGAUCACUGAUGCCAGAGCAUAAAAUGCGGUCGCGUUAACCGGCUAGCCUUAUCAACAACGCUGCAUGGUCAGAUUAUGAUAGGACAGUCAGUAGCCUUUGCAAUUUUGAAAAUCUAGCAACUGUCUUCAGCUCUAUACUUUGUUUCGUUGCUACUUAUUUCACAGCAAUUUGAGCAGUAUUUUUACAGUAAAUUUCCAAAGGAAAAGCGCACGUCUUGAUAAUCCAUGCAGUAGAUGGUCGUUGUACGUAUCAGAUGAGGAUGAUAGUUUGAAUGAGAAUAUCAGAACUACAAGGAAUUAAGAAAGCUUUCAGUUUCAUGACAAAUUGAAGUUGAUCUCAAGGACGAAGCGGUCUUUCCAAGGUGCACGAGCUUGCAAGGUGGGAUAGUAUAGCCUGCGAACAGGCUCCCGGAGAAGACGGGAAAAAAAAUUCGGCGGCGAGCGCGAAAUAGAAGAAUGAACGAAGCGACCGGGGCGGGACAGGCUCACCGGGAGCCUAUUCGCAGGCUAGGAUAGUAACAUAACAACAGCAACAUAUGAAAUUUCUCCAGUCAGGCCUUCCGCCCACACUACCUGAUCUGUCACGAAAAGGAGCUUUUCGAAAACGCUCUUCAAAACGGAUGAAAUGAAAACGCCGGCUUUGUGUUUUAGUGUGGAAAGAAAACAUUUUGAAAACGAAGCUUUUCGAAAACGAUGACGUCACGAUCGUCAUGACAUUCCCUUGCCCGAGAAUACUCAAACACAAAUCUAAAAUGACCGGUUAUUGUGGCAUUUUCAAAUUUCUCCGGCAUAGUCUGCAAGGAA